AUGAAAAUCUCCCGGACAACACCUCUGGCAGUCUUGGGCUCUUCACUCCUUGGUGCUCAUCUGUCCAACGCGUCCAACGUCACCAUCCACUGCGACGACGCAGAUAUCCAGUAUCUCCCGGAAGAAAAAUGGGAAAUAACUACUCAUCCAGCCUCUGAGCAACCUUCUGGCUCGAGUCACUGUGUUCUGGCGUCUAGUCUGCACGAGGAUGCAACAGUGGUCGUAACUUUCACUGGAUCCUCGCUAUAUUACAUUCCUUCCCCUGGCCAUCACGACAACCUCUUUCUCAAGACUCAACUCGACAGUGGUCCGGAAACGCGGAUACACGUCCCUCCUCCGAAUCCCUCCCUCUCACCUGUUCUCCUUGCACACGACCUGUCACCUGAACAACCACAUACCGUCGUCCUUCGUUCCGAACCUCCAGGGCACCUUUCUAUCCAUGAGCUCAUGUAUACAACACUUCAUCCGACGCGCCUGGCACCCCGGGCACCCCAAACGACCGACUCCCUUCCCGACCAGACCGCCCCCAUCCCCCCACCAUCCCAAUCCCCAACUCAGGGUCCCCAGCCUAAACCGAAAGACGAAGUGAAAUCCGCCAACGGCUCCCUAGCAGCCCAAAUCGCCGUACCAGUCGUCAUCUUCGUCUGUCUAGCCUUGAUGGCCGGAUUCUGGUUCGCCCGAAAGCCAGGGCGGUGUUGCUGCCGCGACACCACCACCACCUCUUCACCGGACAAUGACCCUGAAAAGGCGUCUCCCCAACAGGAUGUGGAAGGUAUGCGUACAGAGGGGGUGGUGCCGGACGAGAAAGGGAAGGGGAAGGCACCUGAACGUCCGAGCAGCUACGCGAGGAGCGAGGGCUCGCUCCACCCAUCAUCGACAUCGCCCCGCCUAUCCCUGGUUGACGGCGGCCAAACACAGAAGAAGCGUAUAUCGAAGGACCCUGACGCUUCGUUUUACCGGCGCAGCCGAGACGAGCCUACCAUCAUCGUCAAGUCACUAUCCUCUGCACCUGGGAGUUCAAUCCAAUUGCCAGCGGCGGUGGCAGAGGAUGGUACAUUGGUCCCUCUUCCUCCAUUAUCGAAUCAGCCGCACAACUCCUAUCCAGCUACGCACGCCAAGGCAUGA